GCGCUGGGUAUUGUCUCUCCCCUUUCUCUGUCCGGGAACCCGACCGCCACCCCUGCCGGGCGAGCGCGGUGACUGACAGCUCCGCGCAGCCAGUGGCCGGAGCGCUCUGCGGCGCAGCCCGACGCCCGUCUCCUCGGUGACCAGGGGAGCUGGUGCCUCAGUGGAGUGGCCGGAGUCCCGGGACACGGAGAGCUCCAUCAGAUGAAGGAGUGAUACUCUUGCAACAUGACCAAAAAAUGGGCUAAUUAAAAGUUUUCUUUUGUUUGGAAAACCAACCAAAAUGUUUAGACCAGGGGAAACAGUCAAACGUCGACUCAACAUGCAUGCUCCUCCUCGGAUAAGAAGUGUGGAAGUUGCUAGAGGAAGAGCAGGUUAUGGGUUUACCCUUUCUGGACAAGCUCCUUGUAUUCUUAGUUGUGUUAUGAAAGGAAGCCCUGCAGAUUAUGUUGGACUUAAAGCAGGAGAUCAGAUAUUUGCAGUUAAUGAAAUCAAUGUGAAAAAAGCCUCUCAUGAAGAUGUAGUGAAACUUAUAGGAAAAUGUUCUGGAGUCCUACACAUGGUUAUUGCUGAAGGGGUUAGUCACAUAGAUUCAUGUUCAAGUGAUGAAGAAGUUGGUUUCUAUGAUGGGAAGGGGUGGCUGAAACCCAAACCUGACUCUAAAGCUCUGGGUAUAAACAGAGCAGAGAAAGUUGUUGAAGAAAUGCAGUCUGGUGGCAUUUUCAACAUGAUCUUUGAGAAUCCUACUCUUUGUGCUGGUAACUCAGAUAAGUCCGGACCAAAACAAAGAUCGUUUUCCGCUUCUGCUGCUAUCAGAUUUGAUACUGGCAAUGAAAGUGUAAGCAAUCCAAACCUACUGUCAAAGGAAGAAAUAUUCAAACCCCUGAAUGAUGAUUCAGUUUUUAGAAUUGGGCUGGAGAGCGCAGAAGAAUUUGGAUUAGAUGCAAGCAUUUUAAAUGUUGCCAUGAUUGUAGGUUACCUGGGCUCAAUUGAGCUUCCUUCGACAACCUUGAAUUUGGAAAAUGAGAGUUUGCAGGCUAUUCGUGGGUGCAUGAGACGUCUGCGGGCAGAACAAAAAAUCCAUUCACUGGUGAUGAUGAAGAUAAUGCAUGACUGUAUUCAGCUCUGCAGUGACAAAUCAGGUAUACUGGCAGAAUACCCUGCAGAGAAACUGGCAUUCAGUGCUGUUUGCCCAGAUGAUAGAAGGUUCUUUGGACUAGUUACGAUGCAGACAAAUGACGAUGCAAGCUUGGCUCAGGAGGAUGAAGGGGUUCUGAGGACAUCUUGUCAUGUUUUUAUGGUGGAUCCUGAAUUAUUUCAUCAUAAAAUUCACCAGGGCAUAGCAAGACGCUUUGGACUGGAAUGUACAGCAGAUCCAGACACAAAUGGGUGUCUGGAGUUUCCAACAUCAUCUCUACCUGUUCUUCAGUUUAUUUCUGUCCUGUACAGGGAUAUGGGAGAAUUGAUUGAGGGAAUGCGUGCAAGGGCUUUUCUUGAUGGUGAUCAAGAUGCUCACCAGAAUAAUAGCACAAGCAGCAACAGUGAUAGUGGAAUUGGAAAUUUUAACCAAGAAGAGAAGAAUAACAGAGUUCUGGUAGUUGAUUUAGGAAGCAAUCCGAGUAAGCACAUUCCUAACAGCAUAUGGGAAAAUCCAGUGGGAAGGGGACCAAAUCAGCCUGCUUCCCACUGGAAUGGCUUCUGUCAUGAACAAGAAGGAAACAUUCCUUUAGAAGUAAUUCAGAAUGAUAAGUCCCAAAAUGUAAGCAAACAUUUAAGUCCUUCUGCUCGUAUUGAAGUUCCACUGGUUUCCUCCCGGAAUUCAGUACCCCCAUCAAAGAAAAACACUGCUGGCAUGGGCAAUCAAAGGUGGUUGCCUGUGCAUGUUUUACAGGAAUGGCAGCAUGGGAAUGUGAGUGACCAGGAGUCAUACACUGAUUCUACGGAUGGCUGGUCGAGUGUUAAUUGUGGAACUCUUCCUCCGCCAAUGAAUAAGAUUCCAGCUGACAGAUACAGAGUCGAUGGCAACUUUGGUCAGCCACAGUUAAAAUCACAUAAAAAUGAAUGGUCUAAGAAGAUGUUUUGCAUACAGAACAAAUUUGGCCCUCCACACAGCAUUCGGAAGUCUAAAGAAGAUAAAAAGGGUGCAAAAUUUGGACAUCCAAUGGGAUUAAAUCAGGCUCCUCCCCCACGUUCUUCUGUUCGAAGAUCAUUUGGAAGAUCUAAGCGAUUUAGUAUUACUCGCUCACUGGAUGACCUUGAGUCAGCAACUGUUUCUGAUGGAGAGCUGAAUAGUACUGAUCUAAAAGACUGCAUCAGUGAAAACAGCCUCAGUAGCAAUGCUAGUCUUCCCAGUGUACAGAGCUGUCGACGACUUCAAGAAAGAAGAGUUGCAAGCUGGGCUGUUUCAUUUGAGCGUCUUCUUCAGGAUCCUAUUGGUGUUAAGUAUUUCUCAGAAUUUCUACGGAAAGAAUUUAGCGAAGAAAAUAUUUUAUUUUGGCAGGCCUGUGAAUAUUUUAACCAUGUACCUGCACAUGAUAAAAAAGAGCUUUCUUACAGAGCUCGGGAGAUCUUCAGUAAGUUCUUGUGUAGCAAAGCUACAACCCCCGUUAAUAUCGAUAGCCAGGCACAGUUGGCAGAUGAUAUUCUCAAUUCUCCACAUCCUGAUAUGUUCAAGGAACAGCAACUUCAGAUAUUUAACCUGAUGAAGUUUGAUAGCUAUACUCGCUUUCUCAAAUCCCCACUUUACCAAGAAUGCAUCUUAGCUGAAGUCGAAGGUCGCCCUCUUCCAGAUCCGCAGCAUGUUCCCAGCAGCCCCACCUCUAAACACAGCAUCAGUUCAGAGAAGUCCAGUGUCACAACGCCAAAAAAGUUAAGUGGUAAAUCGAAGUCAGGAAGAUCUUUAAAUGAAGAGUCAGGAGAGGAGGACACUGAGAAGAAAAAAAGGGGAACAUUUUUCUCAUGGUCAAGAAGUAAGAGUUUGGGGAAAUCACAGAAGAGAAGAGAAAAUGGUGAUUAUCCAAAUGAUUCCCUUCAGUCCAAUGGAUUAUCAUACAGACGGGAAUCACAAGGCUCCAUGUCAUCAACUGCUAGUCUUGACUUGUCUGAACCCUCAAGAGUACCUGCAUUUGUACCAGAUAAAGAGAAAUCUCCCAAAUACUGCUGUGUAAACCUUCCGGAUGGUUCAUCUAGCAAAAUGGCUGUUAAAUCCGGAUUCUCUAUCAAAGAGAUGCUCUCUGGGGUCUGCGAGAAACAUGGCAUUAACAUAGCUGCAGUGGACCUCUUUUUAGUUGGAGGUGAUAAGCCACUUGUAUUGCACCAAGACAGUAGCAUCCUGGAGUCUCGGGACCUACGUUUAGAAAAACGCACUUUAUUUCGCCUGGAUCUUGUUCCAAUCAAUCGAUCAGUUGGUUUGAAGGCUAAACCCACUAAACCAGUGACAGAGGUCUUAAGGCCUGUGGUUGCAAAAUAUGGUUUAAAUCUUAACGAACUUGUGGCAAGACUAAAUGGUGAGCAGGAACCACUUGAUCUUGGUGUCCCUAUUUCUAAUCUGGAUGGUCAGCGGGUUGUUCUAGAUGAAAAAGAGCCAUCGAAGGGUAGAGUGUUUACAGAUAAACAAAAAGGUGCAUCAGUAAAACAGACUGCAACUGUAACUACUUCAAGGAAUCAAGUAUUUACUGGAGAGGGAAGAAGUCUAGGAAAGUCUAAUUCUAUCAAAAUGAAAGGCGAAAAUGGAAAAAAUGCUAGGGAAGUCCGGCUGUCAAAGAGAGAAGACUCUAUUGCAAAGAUUGGGAAAAAAAAAUGUCAGAAAAUAAAUUUGGAUGAAGCAGAGGAAUUUUUUGAACUCAUAUCCAAAGCUCAAAGUAACAGAGCAGAUGACCAACGUGGACUGCUAAGGAAAGAAGAUCUUAUUCUUCCUGACUUCCUUCGUUUACCGCCCACUGGACCAGAACCAUCCUCAUCUACUCCCAUAGGCCCUAAAGGCCUCAACAGGCGAGUUUCAAAAAAUGAUGGCAAGGAUGGGUGUACAUCACCAAGUGGAAAACAGGAGUCCGUACAAAACUUUAAUGAAAAUUCAGUUAAGAAAAAGGGUUACUCAGAAAAUAAACAUAAAUCUGCUUUGACAGCACUCCACAGUCAGAAGACUUUCAGUGUUCCUUUUAAUACUGCAUUGUCUCCAAUUCCGCAUGCACAGGAAAACAAUGCAGCAAUAUGGAAAAGGCAGUCAAGAGAAUUACAAGCUGAAGGCAUACAGAUGGUAGAUGAUGAGAAUGUGGCAGACUUGACUCUUGUGGCUGAAGGAGAUAUUAGUAGCCCUAACAGCACUUUGCUACCACCGCCACCGCCAACACCACCGUCAGACGUCAGUAAACUCGCAGAAGCCAACUACCCACCCCCAACUCCUUUUACAGGUAAUCAGGAAAAGUCUGGAUAUCAAAGAUCAAAUUCAGGUAUUUCUAGAUUUUAAUAGUGUUUCCUUUUCUGUAAAACUACUUUUCCUUGGCACUCUUAAUCAGUAUUUGGCACCCAUUAAAACAAGAAGGGAAAUUCUCUCUGCACCUUAAUUUUUUUUACAAAAAGAAAAAAGGAAAAAAAAAAGAAUAUUUUCAUUGCCUUAGUCUGUGCUAACUGUAAUAUUUCUGGUUGCCUUUAACUAAGUACGUCUGUUUGGAUUUGACAUGUGGCCAGAAAUGGACACAUGCAGGCAAACCUUUCAAAUACAUCCAUACUCUAUCUCCUUCUUUACCCUUGGAGCACAAAACAGGAGAUCAGUGUUUUGAGCUCCAUCUCACUAUUGCGUUUCUGAUUUUCUGAUCUAUUGAUCAUAAUGAAAUACAUGAUUGGGGUUUGGAAGUUUAAGUGCUUUAGCAGAAACCCUAAUUAUGUGUUGAAAAUUGCAGUACUGUUUAUGAUUGAAAUUGGAAAUGGAUAAACCUUAAUUUAAAAAAUAGCUCUCUAAUAAAUUAAGUAUUUGUGACUAAAAAUAAAAACGUUGCAGGCUUUUUUUUAACCCAUCCUUUUCUACACAGAGAAAUAGAUUGCUUCUAUCACACUUUCUCCCAGAAUAUUCACAUGUGAAACAGCUCUUUCUAUUAGAAAAUUUAAAAGAAAAUAUGUAACAUUUUCUAGGAUGUAAGUUUCAUGGUCUAGCAAUAUCACAGAGCAAUAUUAGCCCAAGGCUGAAGUAUGGAAUUCCUUUAUAAACACGGACUCUAAUAAUAAUUGCCGUUGCCAGAAACAAGAGUUUGAAGACAAUGGGUGUUAUGACAUUGACAUUUUACAGUCACUGUACUGUACAUUUUAAUGUAAAAUAUAAGAAGAGGUAUCUAUGUGCUAUACAUUUAUUUUUGAUGUUUCACAAACAUAUGGUGCCAUAAUUUGUAUGAUCACAUUUCUUUGUGAUGUGGGAAUAUACAUUUUAAUUAUUUAUCUUUUUACACAGAGUAUUUGAUACUGUUCUUUAUCUGUAUGGUUGAUGAUUUGUAAAUACUUCUUUGGUUGUUGGAUGCUUAUAAAUGGCAAUGCAAAUUAGUAGUAUUUGAGAAAUGUUCUAUAAGCGCUACCACUUAAUUUCUGAGGCUGAGUAUUGAACAGACUUGUAACCAGUGCCUAUGAAUAACAAAACCACAAAAUGUAUUUCAGGCAUAUUGAUGUGUAAAUGCAUAGAUUUGUGUUGGUAUCUUUCUAAUAAUAUGACAAGUGUACAACAUAGGUAUCAAUUUGCAUAUUUUUCAGUAAGAACUGUUAAAAAAAACCAUUUGCACUUAAAAAAAACUUCAUGAAUUUGCAGUAUUUUAAUGCAUGCCAUACAUUUCUGUGUAACCACUGAACUGUAGCUUUCCCUUUUCCCACUUUCUACUUUUUACUUUGUAGAAAUCUUUGUGUAGCUUUCACAUGUAUUUUGUAUCUUUGUUCUCUCAGGAGUAAUAAAUUCUAGACCUAGUUACACAAA